AAGGCAGCUCUGCCUGCACACUGUGUGCUCUGGGAUUGAGACAGCACCUCCUGCYCUGACCUUGGCUUGGACUAAAGAGCUCCCUGCAGCAUGAGGGCUACAGGUGCCUUAGUGCUUCUCAGCCUGCUGCUGUUCUCUUUCUUCUGGGUUCCAGAUGUAGCYGGUCAAGAGAUUGAAGAGAUUUGUAGAGAGUUUGUAAGCAGAAGCGUGUACUGCACGAGGGAGUCCAACCCUCACUGCGGCACGGAUGGCGUCACCUACGGGAACAAAUGUGCCUUCUGCAAGGCAGUGCUGAGAAGCGGAGGGGAAAUCAGGUUGAAGCAUCUGGGGAAAUGCUGAGCGCUCCCCGUGACCGAGCAGCAGGAGCUGAGACCCAGCCAAGCAGUGACCACGGCCAUGGGAGCAGCCUGUCCUCCCUCUGCAGCCUCUGCUCAAUAAAACAAAACUCAGCACCAUGCCUUGCCUGGAUUCUUCUUUCCCUAACACCCAGAAAAGCGCUUUGAUCCAGCCGUGCUGGAGCUCAGUGCACGGCUUUGCUCUCCAGUGCUGCUGUUGAAAGCGAUUCUCACCGCUCCCAGGGCCGUGCCCUGCUGUCCCUGCCAGCCACAGCUCYCCUGCCCCAUCCUGCUGGCAAACUGGCACACGCUGGGCAGCCACAAACUGCUCUGGCUUGUGGGCUCCUGCCCGGCUGUGCCGUGCCAAGGGUGGGUGCCAGCGGCUCGCUCGCCAGCUCCAUCUCCUGCUCUCGGGGUUACUGUGGGAGGGUGACGGGAGAGCUGAUGAGCAGCGUGACUGCAGAUGCCUCAUCUCCCUUGGAAAGUGGGGACARGCAAGCCGAGCCUAGGGAGCAUUGCUCCGUUUAAGCCUGCACGUGGAGGUUGGUUUUAGGCWGAAGCUGCAAGGCUCUUCUUUCCCAAAUGAGUCUUUUUCCUUCUUCCCUCCGAGGGAACGCUUUGUCUUGGAAACUGUGAACUUGCCAGCAUUAGUUUCCUGCUGCCAAGCGGUUUCUCAUGCUAAUAAAAAUUAUAUUUAGAAGAGCG